AUGGAUUUUGGAAAACAGGGGAGUUGGGACAGUUCAAGUGAUGAAUAUGAAUCACAAGAUCAUGUUCAUCUCAAAGACGACGACAAUGAAAAUGACCCAACAAAACGUCCUUACGAGUGCACUUUUUGUAAGCGUGGGUUCACUAAUGCUCAAGCUCUUGGUGGUCAUAUGAACAUCCACCGCAAAGACCGAGCCAAAGCUAAACAUCGUAAUUUUAUUCAUUCCUCUUCUUCAACUCAUUCUAAUCAUGACCAAUUUUUCCCUCCUAUUAUUCCAACUCAACCAACAACUCCUUCUUAUUACAACCACCCCCCUCCCCCCUCUUACCGGAUGUACUUCGACACAGCCGCCACUAACUUCCCUAUUCAUCCACAGAUCACAUCCCCCGCCGUCGUUAAUCAAGAACUUCUCGGAGCUAAUCUCAGCCUUGAAAUUGAUCAAACCAGAGGUGUCAGCUGGAAAAAUGAAGAACUCGAUUUGGAGCUUCGACUUGGCCAUGAAUAUCGCUGA